AUGACCCUCGUUGACAGCGAGGCUGCUUUUGCAGCUAGGUGUAAGGAGAUAUGUGGCGACGAUUCUCUUCACACAUUGCUGCAAGCCUCGGGGGUGCAAACUCACUCAGCCUUGGCCUUCAGCUGUGGAACUCCGAAGGCGCAACCCACGGAAGCAGAAUUUAAGGCUUUUGCUGAGUCAGUUGUCGGGAGCCCAGCGUCCAUAGGCCGCGUGAGCCAGCUCAAAAGACUUCAUUUCGAAUCCUCGACUUUGGUCAUUGCCCAGUUGCGUGCACUCGUAGAAGGGGAUUCAACAGAUGCUGGAAAAAGACUUCCGGCAGCAGAGAAAUCCGCCCGACUUGCGGAUGCCAAGAGGCGUUUGAAAGGCCUUGUCAUCGAGGAUGAGAUGGAGCCGAGUCAUGCCCUCAUUGAUGCAGUUUCCCAUAUGGGCGAGUCGAAUGCGGUGGUUUGGAUCCCACCGUCGAAGUGCACUAAGAGGGAUGCCGAACUCAAGCUAGGGCUUCGCGACAAGCAAAAGUACUUGACUGUUCAGGAGCAAUCAGUCACCUUGGCCCCGGCUCCAGAUAAAAUCGUCGCUGAGCAUGGGACUCCCUUGGAGGUCCAAUGGUGUCUCCAGCGCCGAGGCUUGGCUUUCUUCAUGUGCGGCUUCAUGGAGUGGGAGACUCACGAGAAGUGGGUCGCGUCUCUGCUUAGAUGUUUGUCAUCGGAUGUUCCUCCGGGGUACGCACCCAUUUCGAUGCAGCAAAUUUUGCGAGCAGAUUCCGAAAUCUUCUUGCUUUUAGCCCGUGAGGUCAAGCGGGUCAAACCUGACAGCAGUGGUGUGAUGGAGAUGGAUGUUCUUAUGAAUCGGCACCGUGACCUCAGGAAUCUUCCUGGGUCUUUGAAUGGCGUUGAUUUGCUGGUCUCAGCAGGGCCCGUCACGUUUGAUGCGACGGUAGAGCACGAAACUUUAGACUGGACCAACGGUGUUACCGAUGCACCUGCCUCGGUUCCUGCACUCAGCCAUACAACCACAGCUGCUUCUGAUACCGUCUCUGGAGUCAUUAUAGAUGUAUUCGCUGGCGAUGCCGCCUUUUGCAAAGCCGCGCACAAAGCCGGCUUUAGAGCCCUAGCCUUCGACCUUAAGCCCCAGCGUGCCCAAUUCCCAAUUCAACCUCUCGACAUAACGCAGGCCGAUGAGCUUGCGGUGCUCCUGGAGGUGAUUUCCGAGCACGCAGGUGCUACGUCAUUGGUGCAGUUCACUGUCCCGUGCUUGAGUACCUUCUUCACGUCAAAGACUGGAUCAUGGAGUUUCGCUGAGUUGCUGGUGGAUGCUGUCUUUCAGCUUUGUUCGCAUUGCAGGGCAGUGGGAGUUCCUUUUGCGAUUCUGCACCCUGCUACAUCGCGCUUCUGGCACAUGCCGUCUUGCCAACGCUUCUUCCAAGCUGCAGACGGUGAAUGGACUACAUUUGACCAAUGCAUGCAUGGAGGGGCCCAGGUCGAUGAUGUCUUGUCGAGCCCCUGGACAUGGUCCACUAAGCAUUGCACGCACGAUGCGCACACACCGACCAAGGAUUUCUCUGAUGUAUGCGGCUUAUUGCCUCCGACUGAGCAUUCUCCAGUGCUUGAAGUUGUAUGGAUUGGCAUCCCCCGUGAACCGGAUGACUUUUUACGUCGAGCCGUGGCAGCCGGUCACCCGAAAUCCCUUCUUGAUGUCGAAGCCGAUCCGCACAUGACCUUGCUAAUAGACAACCUUCUGAACAGCAGUGUCAAACAGCCAGACAAAGGUUUGCAUGAAGUUCAGCGUUGGACCGAGCUACGGUCGGACCUCUCCGAAUCCCAGGAUUUGUGCAAAAAGGAGUGGCCCAUCCAUGUGGCGCAGGUUCUGGAUGCAAAGCCAACUCUGCUGAUGGACGAAUUGCUCACACAGCACGACUUUCCAGACCGCCACCUUGUGAAGCACAUGACGCAGGGGUUUAGGCUUACGGGCUGGGUUUGUAGAUCGGGUCUUUUUCCCUUUGACCCUAAGCCUCCCGCCUCCACCUUAAAAAGUCAGCUCUCUAUGGCAAAGUCCAGAAACACCGCCACCUUGACGAAGCUCUCCAAACAGGCUCCUGAUGAGGUGUCUCGUCGUGCCUGGGCUGAAACACUUGAAGAAGUUGACAAAGGUUGGAUUGAGGAAGACGAAAACCCAGAUCUUUCUACGGUCCUUGUUGCCAAGCGGUUUGGGCUUUUACAAGGUCCGAAGGUCAGAGUCAUAGACGACUGCCGUGCUUGUGCUUUCAACUUGUUAGCAGGCAUCCCUGAGAAAUACAGAUUACAGAGCGUCGAAUACAUCGCUGCCUUCCUCUUGCGAGCCAUGCUUGACCCUCGCAGCAAAGGAGUUAGCAUCUCAGGGAAGACACUUGAUUUGACUGCGGCGUACAAACAGUACGCCACACAUCCCUUCGAUCGUGACCUUUUACGGAUUGGCGUUAAAGACACUUCAAGCGGACACGUUCGCACUUUCAAAGUGAAUUCCUUGCCUUUCGGAGCGACGGGUAGUGUGUCAAGCUUUCUCAGAUGUGCAGCUGCGAUCUGGUUCUUGGGAUCCCACGCAUUGGGAAUCCCAUGGACCAACUAUUUUGACGAUUUCCCGAUUUUCUCCAAAGAUUCCGACUGCGACCUAGUGGAAGAAGUAGCCACCAGUUUUCUUGACCUUUUGCACGUGUACUUUGCACGCGCUGGCAAGAAAGCCACUGUGUUUGCAAAGGCUUUCAAAGCGCUCGGCCUUAUCAUCGAUUUGAGCCAUUUCGGCGAAGGAUAUGUGACCAUCGGUCAUACUCAAGAACGUGGGGAUGAGCUGCGUGCGACAAUCACCCGCAUUCUUGAGUCCAACCGCCUUUCGCACGCUGAAGCCGAAAGCUUGCGAGGCAGGCUCCACUGGUACACUUCAUUUCUUUUUGGACGCAGAUCUUCUCAAGCUUUGAACGUCCUGAGCGACUGGGUAAAUCGAAGUGCAUCAAAAGGCAUGCUGCCUACAGAACUCCGAGAGUCCCUCAUGUUCCUCAGGGAUGUAGCUCUCCAUUCUGCGCCGCUGAAAAUUUCGAGGAGUUUGCAGCGAACUUUCUUGAUUUUUACUGACGGCAGCUUGGAGGGCAGGGACACUGGUUUUACCUGCGAGCGGCAGGAGGGAGGGCGUGAAGCCCUUUCGGUGGAGCAAGUGAUUCACUUCUACUUUGUCCUCUUGCGUGACGUCAACUGUGCAUUCGCGGCGGUGAUGUUCGUUUUGGGCCUGAUGCUAGGCGAGCGAGCCGAACUCUUGUGCAAUAUGCAAGACACCUGGUUCGCUGGCCUUGAUGCCUCCCACGGCCAGCUGCCCACGUGCACCAUUCGAUCAGUCAAUAAAAAAACCAAGUGUCGAGAAGUGCCUUUGGAAUCUGGCUUCGGACAAGUCAUGUGGCAGUGGGUGACAGGCGGCAAGCCACUGCUAGGCGGACAAGAGGGAGAAGAUCGCACACAGUGGCACGCCAAGAAGGCCAGAGGCAUCCGUUUGAUGGCAUUGACAUCAAAAGAGUGA